GAAAGCUACAGAUUAGGGGCUUAGAAAAAUUAAAAAAAUUAAAUUUUUACUUCUGACUAACACGGUAUUGAACCUUUUAAUGGAAUAUAUGUACAAUAAUGAGUGAAACAUGGUUUUCAGUUUAGAUUCUCUAUGUAUUUUAUGUACUGCACCCUAGUUUUUCCGACUGGAGCAGCUCCUUUAAAUGAACGAACAAACAGCAGAGCCAACGGAGGAUUACGCUGCCAAUGGACAGUGACUGCACCCCGCCAUCCCGAGUCGAGUUGAGUAAACAAGCGGCGCGUCCUUGUCCACUUUUAGUCCUGCCACCCGCACUUGCCCCUUCGAGUGUUAAUUGUGUGCGUGAUUUAAGCUUUGGCGGGGCAGGGGAGCCAGUCGAGAUCCGGAGCCACCCACCCGACCAUUUCGAAUAAUUGCUUUUUGAUUGAGUUCAAUGCUGCGGAGGCUUUCCUCUGCGCUAACUUAAAUUUGAAUGUCCAAUUUAAUUGCACCCGUCGAGCGAAGCGCAUCCAGGCAUUUUCUUUGCUCCACAGUGGAGCCAUGUUCUAUCCACUGGAACUGCCCAGAGUGCGUCGUCCACUUUACAGGGAUUACGGCGGCAAAUCGGGACUCAUUCAGACGCAGCAGGAUGCCAGGAAGGGCAGGCGAUUGGGUAAACUGUGGCACUUCAUGCUGCCAUAUCUCAAGGACUACGCAGCGGAGUCCUCCGUGCACGGCAUACGAUAUCUGGCCGAUCCCAAGAUGAGGAAGUUCGAGCGAGUGAUUUGGCUGCUGAUCUUGGUGGCCACCAGCAUAGGUGCCAUAGUGGUUUACGUGGACCUCAACGAACUGUACCAAACGGUGCGCAUACAGACCACCAUUAAGAACACGAUGCUCCCGAUUUUCCGCAUACCAUUUCCCUCGAUUGGGUUCUGUCCAAGGAACCGCCUGAACUGGAGGGCACUGGAGAACGAGGCAGUUCAUCACUUCCUGGGCGCCAACGUGUCUGCUGCCCAGAAGGACGUCUUCGUAAAGUUCUUCACUGCGGCAGGCGAUCCACACUUGUCGCGCCUGAAUGAAAUGUCCAACUUCUUUAUGAAUAAAACUCUGACUGAUGAGCUCCACAUGCUAGACCAUCUCGACCUUCGCGAGGUGUACAAGUUCAUCCAGUUUAAGUGCCAGGACUUGUUUCACAUCUGCCGCUGGCGGGGAAACGAAGUGAACUGUUGCGAGGUCAUUGAAUAUCAGUUCACAGAGGCCGGCUUGUGUUUCGUCUUCAACACGGAGAUCAGUCCGGCAUCGCGACAAAAAGCUAAGGAGGACAAAUACUAUCCCCUGCGCACGCCGCAUUAUGGCGAGGGCACUGGCCUGGAUGUCUUCAUACGCCUCAACAGAUCCUACAUUCGUCCUGGCAAGCGGGGCAUCAACGUGAUGAUCAAGCAGCCGCAGCAGUGGAGCGACGUGGUGCGCCAUGUGCCACAUGAAGCCCACACCAGGAUCAGCAUAACUCCGCGAUUCACAGUGACGGAUGAACGAACCCGGGCGGUGACGCCGGAGGUCAGGAGAUGCAUCUUUGGCGAUGAGGUCGACAAUCCGCAGUACAAGAAUUUUCCGGACUUCCAGUACUGGGUGGGGAACUGCCGCAGCAGGUGCCAUCAGGAACAUGUCAUCAAUCUGUGCAAGUGCUCUCCCUCCAUCUUUUUUCCCGUCUCUGAUAAAGAUAACUUUACUACUUGCAAAGCCUCGGACUUCAAGUGCCUCUACGACAACAGAGUUACCUUCAGCAUUGAACGGCAUCCCGAGGAGGACGACUUUGUCAGGAACCCCUUCAAGGAGAGCAUGAUCUGUGACUGCUUCACCAGCUGCACUCAGCUGGUUUUCGACCGCGUUUACACCACCACCACUCUGGACAAUAAUGAAACGGACACUGAGGCGGGUACAAUGCGCCUGGAUAUUUUCUUCCAGUCCGGCUGGUUUAUCCAGUACCAAACCGUCAUGAGAUUUACCUUUGUGGAACUACUGGCUAGCUUUGGUGGCAUAAUCGGCCUGUUUUUAGGCGCCUCCUUACUGAGCGCCUUUGAAUUGGCCUACUACUUCUCAAUUGGGCUCUACUUGUACAUUCGUGACAAGAGAAAAUUAAAGAAGCCGGAACCUCACGUUGUAACUAUUCCAUUUGGCCAGCGAAAGAUAACACCCAUUAAGUUUUGACAUUAAACAUUUAAUAAAUACAGCACAUCGAUCUGAAACCAUCAUUACCACACAUUUUUUCUGUACUUAAAGGGAUGCCUG